GAGCGCGCCGAGAGGGCCUUCCAGCAGAAGGCCCAGAGCCUCGUCCGCCCAGGUAGCGACUGGAGCUUCGAGGCGGAUGGGGAGGACCUGACCCCCGAGCUGGAGCAGGCCCUCGCCAUGAGGCGGCAGCUGGAGAAGGAGAGGGCGCGGGCGGCGCGCACGCAGCGGACCACCGCCGACGUGGUCGGCAGGAUGCAGAAGCAGAUGGACCUCCUCGGCUCGCAGCUACGCGGCGUGGGCGCCGGCAGCCCCUGGACGCUCUGGACCUCGUGCCGCCUGCCCGGGACGCCCUACCAGAUGUCCGCGCGGUACCAGGAGGGCCGCACGAACAUCGAGCUGAACCUCAGCCCCGCCGCAGACCCGUGCCAGGCGGAGGCCAACUUCGUCGAGGGCUUGACGUCGCAGAACUUGGGGGUGUCCUUGAACAUUGGCGUCUGA